AUGUUUCUAGUUUUUAAACGUCAUUCACUUACUUUUGUCUUCUGUUUGAUACUGGUGGGGAACGCGUAUGCAUGGCAUGAUAUUUAUGAUAUAUUCAAAGAUGCGAAAGAUCAAGUGAAAGAAUCAGUUGGCGAUGCUGUAGAUUUUGCAUCAAAGAAAAAAGGUGAUCAAGAAUGUCCACAAACAUUUAAAACUGAAUACCGAACAUUAUUAGCAGCUUACAGACAAUUUAUUGGUGAUUUUAUCGGAAAGUUUCCUUCUUAUGAAUCAGCUCGUUAUCGAUUACUGACUGAGAUAACAAGAGGUGAAUUCGAACGAUUAAAAAGAUUUUCAUCGUCGUCUGCAUAUGAUUCGAAAAUAUUAAAUGAUGCACAUGUUGUAACAGACAUCUUAAAGAAAAUUUUUAUUGCAAUUGAAGAAGAUAAAGCAAAGGAAAGCAAAUGGACAAACUGGUUAAGAGCAUUCGAUGUUAAUUCUGCUCUGAAAGGAGUCUUCUUAUUAUUAGCAAUCUUAUCCAUCAGUUUUUUGAGUAUUCACACUCAUGUUCGUCGAGGUCGAUGGUUAACAAGUUUUUUUAUCAUAGCAUUUGUAAUAUCGGUCGCACAAAAUUGGUACACUUUAUAUCUGGAGGCCCAAGCAAAAGUUGAUGGUGUGCUAAUGAAAAAAAUGCCAAAACAUUGUCAGGGGCACUCGAUGGGACUUUUUGAUAUUAUUAAAUAUAAAUUUGGAGGAUUAUUAUCUAUACCAAAAGACGAAUGUUUAGAAUUUCACAAGGCGAUGCGUGCCACGCCACAUUCACAAGUAACUCCAUUUCAGGCUCUAUCAGUGACUUUCGCCCAAUUGUUCUUCACACCGUUGGGAAUAAUCGGGGAAAGUUUAUCACAGUUUUUUGCCGGAACGAUGUUACAUGUUCCGUUUUAUAUGUGGCCUAUUAUAAUUGUGCUCAUCCUCGUUAUAUUUAUUAUGCUGAUGUUAAUUUAUUCUCGCUACGAAUUACAUUUACCUUUUAUGUUGGGUUCGAUUCGUCCAUCAGCUGCUAUUCAACACGUUGGACUACCUCAGCAAUUGGCAGAGCCACAAGCUCAAGAUGCUAUAGAAUGA